ACAGCGUAGGGGCGUCGUAUACGCGCGCACUCUUCCCUCUGAUUGGUCUCGUGCUUCAGAAAGCGUUGUGUUCUCGCGCUGUCCUCCUUUAACAAGCGACGACCUCCAAACUCACCGGAGCGAUAAUCCCGUUUACCGUGUUUGCAUCUUUCAUCCGUCUCCUCCGUUACCCGCCAACAUCCCCGCUGUGUUUCCAAGAGCUCGCGUGAUGGCCGCCUAUAAGCUGGUGCUGAUCCGCCACGGAGAGAGCUGCUGGAACCAGGAGAACCGCUUCUGCGGCUGGUUCGACGCCGAUCUGAGCGAAACCGGAGCCGAGGAGGCCAAGAGGGGCGGCCAGGCCCUGAAAGAUGCGGGUUAUGAGUUUGACAUCUGCUACACGUCUGUGCUGAAGCGUGCCAUCAGGACCCUGUGGCUGGUGCUGGACAGCAUCGAUCAGAUGUGGCUGCCCGUGCAUCGCACCUGGCGUCUGAACGAGCGCCACUACGGCGGCCUGACGGGCCUCAACAAAGCCGAGACAGCGGCCAAACACGGCGAGGCGCAGGUGAAGAUCUGGAGACGCUCCUACGACACCCCACCACCACCCAUGGACCCCGAGCACGACUUCUACUCCGCCAUCAGCAAGGACCGUCGCUACGGCGACCUGACAGAGGACCAGCUGCCCUCGUGCGAGAGCUUGAAGGACACUAUCGCUCGAGCGCUGCCGUUCUGGAAUGAGGAAAUCGUUCCUCAGAUCAAGGAGGGCAAGAGGGUCCUCAUCGCCGCUCACGGCAACAGCCUGCGAGGAAUCGUCAAACACCUGGAGGGUAUGUCAGAGGAGGCGAUUAUGGAGCUGAAUCUGCCCACAGGAAUCCCCAUCCUUUAUGAGCUGGACAAGAACCUGAAGCCCGUGAAGCCCAUGCAGUUCCUGGGGGAUGAAGAGACGGUCCGCAAAGCCAUGGAGGCCGUCGCCGCUCAGGGCAAAGCCAAGAAGUAGACCUCAAUUCACACAAUCCUCCUCAAAAACGCAAUCAGUGUUUGACCAUGAGCCUAGAACCAAACCACUGACCAAUCAUUCAUUUCCUAAUGCUCUGAAUCGGGACCAUCCUUAUAAUAAAAUUCAAUUGAAACUG